ACAGAUAAGGAAUCACACAAAUACAACUUGAUAAAAGGACUAAAAAAGUUGUUGAAUUUUGAGUUUGAUCAAAUAAGUUGCAUAUCUACAGGAAGAAUGGUCGUCUCUUCAAUAACACAAACUUCCCACACUCUGGUAUUUUUUGUGAAUGGAAAGAAGGUCGAAGAUGGCUGCGUUGAUCCGGAAACGACUUUACUAUAUUAUUUGAGAAACAAAUUACGACUAAUUGGAACGAAACUUGGAUGUGCUGAGGGUGGAUGUGGUGCCUGCACUGUUAUGGUGUCCAAAUAUGAUAGAAAAUCCAAUAAAGUCAUACACCUACCAGUUAACGCUUGUUUAGCCCCAGUAUGCGCUAUGCACGGCUUAGCAGUCACCACCGUAGAAGGAAUAGGCUCCACCAAAACCAAACUACAUCCGGUUCAAGAAAGGAUCGCCAAAGCCCACGGUUCCCAAUGCGGAUUUUGCACCCCCGGAAUGGUAAUGUCCAUGUACACUCUGCUGAGAAAUUCCCCCAAACCAACCAUGAGCGAAAUAGAAGUGGCUUUCCAAGGCAACCUGUGUAGAUGUACAGGUUACAGGCCAAUCAUAGAAGGUUACAGAACGUUCACAGAAGAAUGGGAACGAGCUCAAAACAUCAACAAGAUAUCGCCUACCAAUGGAGUUUGUGGUAUGGGAGAUCAAUGUUGCAAACUCCAAAACGGUAAUAAAGAAACAGCAGGUGACGAAGAAGUUCUGUUCAGAACAAGUGAAUUCACCCCUUAUCAUCCAUCACAGGAACCACUCUUUCCCCCAGAGUUAAAAUUAUUCGACAUAUACGACAAACAGUUUCUUGUGAUAAGAGGACAAAACAUAACUUGGUAUAGACCAAAUACAUUAAGCGAACUGUUGAAGUUGAAACAAAGUUUUCCCAGCGCACGCAUCGUCGUUGGGAACACAGAAGUUGGGGUUGAAAUGAAAUUCAAGCAAUUGAUUCACCCAGUUAUAAUUCAACCUACCCAACUUCCAGAGAUGAAUGCCAUCGAAGAGACUGAAAAAGGCGUCAAGAUUGGGGCAUCAGCCACAUUGAACGACAUACAAUCUUUCUUGAAGCAGCAAAUGGGGGUGCACAGCGAGCACAAAACGAGAAUUUUCCGAGCUGCUGUGGAAAUGCUGAAAUGGUUCGCAGGCAAACAAAUACGCAGCGUGGGGGCACUUGGUAGCAACAUCAUGACUGGCAGUCCUAUAUCAGACAUGAUUCCCCUUCUAUUAGCUGCACGAGCUGAGCUGGAAUUCCGCAGUAGGGACAGGGGAGCAAGAAAAGUGAUACUCGACAACAACUUCUUCAUUGGCUACAGAAAAAGUGUGGCGAAACCAGAUGAGGUUUUAAUGUCCAUCUUCAUUCCUUUCACUACAAAACACCAGCACUUCAAAGCAUACAAGCAGGCAAGGAGAAGGGAGGAUGAUAUUGCCAUUGUAAAUGAAGCUGUCAAUGUAACGUUCCAACCAGGAACUAACAUAAUAGCUGAUAUAAAGUUUGGAUUUGGCGGCAUGUCCUUCAAACCAGUAACAGCUCCAAGAACCGAGAAGAAUCUGAAAGGCCUGCCUUGGAAUAGAGAUACGCUGGAGGUAGCUUACAAUAAUUUAUUAGAAGACCUGCCCCUUGAUCCUGGUGCUCCAGGAGGAAUGGUGCGAUAUAGAAGAUCGCUUACCAUGAGCUUGUUCUUCAAAGCUUUCCUCGCUAUAUCACAGGAGCUACAGAAAUAUAUUCCAAACAUUGAACUGCACCCGACUGAAUUGAGCAGCAUCGGAGAAUGUACUUACAAUGAAUUGAAAAGUUCCCAGUAUUUUACUGUUGUACCUGAAACCCAAGAAAAAGAUGACUCACUCAGAAGACCAAUUAUCCACACGUCUGCUUAUAAACAAGCAACGGGUGAAGCUAUUUAUUGUGAUGAUAUUCCCCGAAUAGAAGGGGAAUUAUAUUGCGCCUUUGUUCUUAGUACCAAACCGCACGCAAACAUAACCAAAAUUGACGAAACCCAGGCAUUAUCCAUGGAAGGAGUGCAUGGGUUCGUUUCUGGCAAAGAUAUUGGUAAAGCCUUCACUUGGGGAGUCGUUGAACACGAUGAACACGUAUUCUACUCUGACACUGUCACUGCCCAAGGACAAAUAAUAGGAUUAGUUGCAGCGGAAACUCAGAUGAUCGCACAAAAAGCUGCUAAGGCAGUGAAAAUCGACUAUGAAGAAUUGAAACCAGUGAUAAUAAGCAUAGAGGACGCCAUCAAGCACAAAUCUUUCUUUAAUUAUUCUAGAACAAUGCUGAGAGGGGAUGUGGAACGAGUAUUCAGGGAGGCACCUAAUGUCCUCGAAGGUCAAUGUAGGCUGGGGGGUCAAGAACAUUUUUAUUUGGAAACCCAAGGGUGUAUAGUGAUCCCGAAACCAGAAGACGACGAAAUUAAAAUUUACUCUUCAACCCAGAACCCGACAGAGAUAUCAAGAAUGGUCAGCCAGGCUCUAGGCAUCUCAGAGAACAAAGUUAUUACCAAAGUUAAGAGACUGGGAGGAGGUUUCGGUGGCAAAGAAACCAGAGGAUCAUUGCUGGCUUUGCCCUUAGCAGUAGCUGCCAGAAAAUUCAACAGACCUAUGCGAUGUAUGUUGGAUAGGCAUGAGGAUAUCAUGAUGACAGGCACCAGACAUCCCUUUCUUUAUAAAUACAAAAUAGCCUUCGACGAGGAGGGUAAAAUUCUUGGAUGUGAUGCUGAGCUUUAUAGUAACGCAGGAUAUGCAGCAGAUCUUUCACUCUCAAUAAUGGACAGAGCCCUCACGCAUUUCGAGAAUGCCUACAACAUACCCGUGUGCAGGGUGAUAGGCUACGCUUGUAGAACCAAUCUACCAUCCAACACUGCCUUCAGAGGGUUCGGAGGGCCACAAGGGAUGUAUCUUGCCGAAAGUAUGGCUCAACACAUAGCGGAUCAUCUGAAAAGGGAUCCUGCUCGUAUAAGAGAGCUCAAUUUGUACAAGGAAGGGGAUGUCACUUUCUAUAAUCAGAAGUUGGUCCACUGUACCCUUGAGCAAUGUUGGCGACAGUGCAUGGAGUCUUCAGGGUAUCAUAAGAGACGAGAGAUGGUACGGACAUUCAAUGGCAUGAACCGAUACAAGAAGAGAGGACUCAGUAUUUUACCAACGAAAUUCGGGAUAGCGUUCACGGUACCGUUCCUCAACCAAGGAGGAGCAUUAGUUCUUAUCUACCUAGAUGGGUCCGUGCUUCUGUCCCAUGGAGGAGUCGAAAUGGGCCAAGGUCUUCACACCAAGAUGGUUCAAGUGGCUAGCAGGGCUUUGGGCAUACCAGUGGAGAGGAUCCACAUCAGCGAUACCGCCACGGACAAAGUGCCGAAUACUUCUCCAACUGCGGCUAGUGCAGGAUCCGAUUUGAACGGAAUGGCAGUGAUGGAGGCUUGCGAAAUUCUCAAAGAACGUCUGAAACCCUAUAAGGAAAGGAAUCCAGGUGGGACGUGGGAUGACUGGGUGAGAUCUGCGUACUUCGACAGAGUCAGUCUGGCAGCCACAGGGUUCCAUAAGACCCCUGACCUGGGCUACAACUGGGCAACGGGUGAAGGCAACUUAUUCAACUAUUACACGUACGGCGCUGCCUGCAGUGAAGUGGAAGUAGAUACUUUGACUGGUGACCACAGAGUUCUAAGAACCGAUAUUGUCAUGGAUUUAGGGGAGAGUUUGAACCCUGCCAUAGACAUAGGACAGAUCGAGGGGGGUUUCAUGCAAGGGUAUGGAUUGUUCGUCCUUGAAGAGUUGGUGCAUUCGCCGACAGGAGAAACAUACACCAGAGGUCCGGGAACCUACAAAAUUCCUGGAUUUGGGGAUAUUCCUGCAGAGUUCAACGUUUCUCUAUUGAAAGGUGUGUCGAAUCCGAGAGCAGUGUACUCUUCCAAGGCUGUAGGAGAACCGCCACUAUUCUUAGCCAGUUCUGUGUUCUUCGCCAUCAAAGAAGCCAUAAAAGCAGCUCGAGAAGAAAAUAAUAUUCCAGAGAAUUUCUUCACCCUGGAUGCACCAGCGACGGCAGCGAAAAUUCGAAUGGCUUGUGAAGAUAACAUAACAGCCAAGUUGGAAGAACCUGAGCCUGGAAGUUUCAAGCCAUGGAACGUUGUUACCUGA